CCCCAUUUAUCGCUCCGAGUCUCUAUUCCUUCUCUCCCAUUCUCCUUUCUCCGUCGCUCCCCGGCUGCCUGAGCCGUGGAGUUUGUAGAAAUUCCGCUCCCGACUUGCCUAUAUUUUAUGUCAAAUCGUUGAACCGCAGAGCACGACCAGUCAUGAAGAGACGAAGGCCCAAGUUACCAGUCUCUGUUCCCAAACAGCAACCUCCUUCAACCCCUGCAACCCCACGCACCAUCCUCAAAAUCUUCCCAUCUAAGAAAUCCAUUCCCACUUCCAUUUCAUCUGAAAAACCAAGAAAAAUCCUAAAACACCUUAAUGCGACAAUACCCACAAACCAGACCUCACCGGACUCCAAAACCCUUAAAUGGGUACCCCUCAAUCUUAGCAAAUCCGAGCUCUGCUUGCCCCUCACAUUUCCCACAGGCCAAACCUUCAGGUGGAAACAAACCGGUCCAGUUCAAUACACAGGUGUUGUGAAGUCCCAUCUGGUGUCCCUUAAGCAGCUUGAAGAUGGAGACGUCGCAUAUUCUCUUCAUCAUACAACCAAUGAGGCUAGUGGUAGAUUGGCUUUGUUGGAUUUCCUCAAUGUGGAUAUUUCUCUGAGUGAUAUGUGGGAGGACUUCUCGGCCUCAGACCCGAGGUUUGCGGAGUUGGCAAAGCAUUUAGGCGGUGCCCGCGUCCUUAGGCAAGACCCGCUUGAGUGCCUCAUUCAGUUUCUGUGUUCAUCCAACAACAACAUUCCAAGAAUUACUGGCAUGGUGGACUAUGUUUCGUCGCUGGGGAGUUACUUGGGUACAGUUGAAGGUUUUCAAUUCCACGAAUUCCCAUCUCUGGAGCGCUUGUCGCUGGUUUCAGAGAACGAGCUUAGAGAGGCAGGUUUUGGUUACAGGGCCAAGUACAUAACUGGCACGGUAAAUGCCUUGCAAUCGAAACCUUGUGGAGGAGUAGAGUGGCUUGCUUCUCUUCGUUUAUCGGAUCUUCAAGAGGCAAUUGAUGCUCUCUCUACUUUACCUGGUGUCGGUCCCAAGGUGGCAGCUUGCAUUGCUCUCUUUUCUUUGGAUCAACAUCAUGCCAUUCCUGUUGAUACCCAUGUGUGGCAGAUUGCUACUAGAUACCUUAUCCCUGAGCUUGCAGGUGCUCGUUUAACGCCAAAGCUCUGCAGUCGUGUGGCAGAUGCAUUUGUCAGAAAAUAUGGAAAGUAUGCUGGUUGGGCCCAGACUCUACUUUUCAUUUCUGAAUUGCCUUCACAAAAGGUUUUACAAGCAUCAAAUUCACGGCCUGCUGAUGGAAAAAACUCUGCCAAGAAGAAGGAUGGCACAAUAAGUGCUUAAGGAGCUCACAAAACUGUGGCUGGUGUUUCCACAUCUUCAUUGUAAUUCCAAUCUCAGUCUUCUUGCAUUGCGACAGUCAUUGAAUUUAUUCACACGCGAAGUUCGGGCAAAUUUUGUUGGUUAGGCCUUUAUCUUUCCCUACUUUGCCAAUUUCUUGUCUGAUUAUUCUGUGUUCAGGAUUAGAUAUGUACAUUCAAUGUGUGCUUUCAUCAAUAAUCUAAUAAUUUCAGAACCCAUACAUGGCAAUUAUUAAUAUAUUGGGCAGGAUUAUUCCGAUUGGUGUAUGAA